AUGUUGCUGCCGAGAGUAGCUGCAGCGGCGUUGCUGAUGAUAAUAUUGACCGGAACUUUGAUCGGAGCAGAAGGAAAGCCUCGUCGGAUUGUUGUCGAUACAGAUGUUGAUACUGAUGAUUUAUUUGCUAUGCUUUAUCUUUUGAAAGUCAAUACUUCACAGUUUCAAUUCGAGGCAGUGACCAUUAGUGCAAAUAGCUGGACUAGUGGUGGCCAUGCUGUGAAUCAAGUUUAUGACUUGCUUUACAUGAUGGGAAGAGAUGAUGUUGCUGUUGGUGUAGGAGGUGAGGGUGGCAUACUCCCAAAUGGAACCAUACUCCCAAAUGUUGGUGGAUACCUUCCAAUUAUUGAUCAGGGAAUAACAACAUCAGGAAGUUGCAGAUACAGGCAAGCCAUUCCAGUCGGACUUGGAGGACGGUUAGAUAUCGAUUCAAAUUACGGUAUCAGGAAAGCUUUCCUACCGCAGGGAGAAAGGGAAUAUACACCAUUAGAGCAACCAACUGCUCAACAAGUGUUGAUUGAAAAAAUAUCUGCAGGUCCAACCACUCUUCUUAUCAUGGGAGCUCAUACAAAUAUUGGAAUUUUCCUAAUGAAUAAUCCACACUUGAAGAAAAAUGUGGAACAUAUUUAUAUAAUGGGUGGAGGUGUAAGGUCAAGUAAUCCAACUGGUUGUUGCCCUAAGAAUGCUUCGUCUUCAUGCGUGCCUCGACAGUGUGGUGAUCAUGGAAAUAUGUUUACAGAUUAUAAUACUAACUCUUACGCAGAAUUCAAUAUCUUUGGAGAUCCUUUUGCAGCUUACCAGGUGAUUCAUUCUGGAAUUCCUAUCACUCUUGUUCCUCUUGAUGCAUCAAACACAAUCCCAAUCACUGAACAAUUCUUUGAUACAUUUGAAAAGAGUCAAGACACGUAUGAGGCACAAUACUGUUUCAAAUCCUUGAAAAUAUCUCGUGAUACUUGGUUCGACGACCAAUUCUAUACGAGUUAUUUCAUGUGGGAUUCUUUCAUGGCUGGAGUGGCCAUCUCAAUCAUGAGUAAACCCAAUAACAAUAAUGGAGAAAAUGAAUUUGCUGAAAUGGAAUAUAUGAACAUAACAGUAGUCACUUCUAAUAAACCAUAUGGAGUUUCUGAUGGAUCCAAUCCACUCAUUAAUGGCCUAAAAGUUCCCAAGUUUAAUAUUCAAAAAGACGGUGUUCAUAGCGGUCAUAUUCAACAAGGACUCAGAGAUCCUCUUUGCUUUGUCAAGAAUGGCAAAGGAAAAUGUCAGGAUGGUUAUACAAAAGAGGAAAAUGGUCCAGACUCAGUGAGAGUACUUGUUGCUACAAAAGCGAAGCCUAACCGAGAUGUAAAGAGUUCACUUGACAGAGAAUAUUUCAUUAACUUUUUAAAUGUUCUUAAUCAGCCAAAACAAGCUGGGAGAUACAACUUCACUACACAGUUUCCCUACUACAAAGAAGUAACUUACAAGCCAGAUUUUAGUAACAUUACAUUGGGAAAACCAGUUGUGUUUGACAUGGACAUGAGUGCAGGAGAUUUUCUUGCUCUUUUUUACCUCCUUAAAGUUCCUGUUCAAGUAAUCGACCUUAAGGCAAUCAUUGUGAGUCCUACUGGAUGGGCAAAUGCAGCAACAAUAGACAUAGUUUAUGACAUACUUCACAUGAUGGGUCGUGAUGAUAUACCGGUUGGUCGAGGAGAUGUUUUCGCAGUGAAUCAGACAGAUCCGGUAUUCUCAGCCGUUGGAGAAUGCAAGUAUGUUAAAGCCAUUCCUCAUGGGAGUGGGGGGUAUUUGGAUUCCGACACUCUUUAUGGUCUUGCUCGUUAUCUUCCACACAGCCCAAGAAGGUAUACAGGAGAAAACUCAGUGAAGUUUGGAGCCCCGCGCGAUACAGAUCACCCUGAACUUAGACAACCACUAGCCAUGGAAGUUUGGGAGUCUGUUUUGCAAACAUUGAAACCAGGGACUAACGUUACAGUAUUAACCAAUGGACCCUUGACUAAUUUGGCAAAGGUUGUUUCAGUGAAAAACAUAAGCUCUAGAAUUCAGGAGGUCUAUGUAAUGGGUGGACACAUAAGCAGUGACGAAGAAGACAAAGGAAAUGUGUUUUCAGUUCUUUCAAACCAAUAUGCUGAAUUCAACAUGUACUUAGACCCUUAUGCGGCCAAAACAGUGUUCGAAUCAGAAGUUAACAUCACACUCAUUCCACUGAGUACUCAGCGCAGAGUUAGUUCGUUUGCAACGGUGAGAAAUAAGUUCCGUGGCACAAGAAGAACACCAGAGGCUGUGUUUACCAAGCAUCUAUUGUCAAGCCUACACCGUUUGAAGAAAAUCAAUCACAGAUAUCACCAUAUGGACACAUUCCUCGGAGAAAUUCUAGGUGCAGUUGUCUUGGCCGAUAAGGCUUCAACAUUGCAGACAAAAUUUGAAGUGAAGUCCAUUAAAGUUUUAGCUAGUGGCAAUGAAUCCACAGAUGGAAAAAUAGUGGUGGACGAGAAAAAAGGAAAGUUAGUCAAAAUAUUAAGUAAUGUGGAGGAAAAUGCUUAUUAUAAUUUGUAUGCAAACAAGCUUGGUGAUCAGUACCAGUCAGCUAAGGUGGCAAGCUUUGAAGCACAGAAGAGACAGUGGAGUCAUCCUCAUGAUGAUAAGCCUAGCAAAGAAAAUGCUGCUCAACUCCAUGGUUAA